AUGACGGAGCCACACAAUAUUAAGGAACAGGGAGAAAUCGCUGUUGAUCCCAAUGUCUAUGUCCCCACCGUCUACGGCGAUGACUGGCAAUCCAUUCCAUCGGACGAAAAGCAGUUCAAUACUUACGAAGCUGGGCAUUUGGUCGCCCUUGUCAUGGACUCGGACAGAGAAAACCCGCUCUUCCAUUCGCCAAUUGGAGAGCACCCAAACCAUAUCCUCGACCUUGGAACGGGUCAGGGUAACUGGGCCAUAGAUGUUGCCGAUAUGUUUCCGAUGGCCACGGCUCGCGGAGUCGACCUCUUCCCACCGCCCGUAACCUGGAUGCCACCAAACUGCAUUUUAGAAGUCGACAACAUCGCAGAAGACUGGACCUGGGGCGAACCGCAAGACCUUAUUCAUAUGCGCAUCAUGAUCGGAUCCUUUGACCCGACGGAGUGGGACCGCGUCUACAAGCAAUGCUACAAGAACCUCCGCCCAGGCGGCUGGAUCGAACAACUUGAAGCAAGCCCGUACAUCGAAUGCGAUGACGGUAGCCUACCGGAUGAUAACAUCCUGCGUACCUGGGGUCCUGCCCUGUCGGCAUGCGGUAAGCGAGCAGGUCGACCCCUCGAAACGAUCGACAUGAUGCAAGACGCAUUCCGUACUGCGGGAUUCAUCGAGGUUCAUGAAAAAGAGUACAAGUGGCCCAUUGGACCAUGGGCUCGUGAUCAGAAGUAUAAGGAGGCCGGUACCGUCAAUCAUCAGCAUUGGAUGUCCGGCAUAGAGGGCUGGGCUAUGUGGUUGCUUACGAAAUUUGGUGCUCCGUACCCUUGGUCUCAAGAUGAGGUUACUGUUUAUGUUGCCAAGUUGAGGGCCGAGCUGAAGAAUCCACGCUAUCAUAUCUAUGAGCGCGCGUAA